AUGUUCAUUAUGAUAAUUCACGCUUCCACGCCAAGUCAGCAGUUGGACCACAUCACAGUCAUCGAUUGGACCAGCCGCGCCAUCUACAUAUUCUUUAUGUGCUGGAAGACACUCUUCUUGGGCACCCGACUCGUCUCGGUUACGAAAUGUCGGUUUGAAUGCACAAGCUGCAAUCAUAGGAAAAUCAUGUGA